AUGGAGCAAACGAAAUCUCUUAACGCUCUCGAGCCCUUCCUCGCCUUGAGCAAGUCGGCGACAUCCUCGCGUGCCGCGGCCGACCUCGUCACUCGCGCGACCUCGAACCCAAAUACCUUCCUCUUCACAGAGCUCCUUGAGACCCCCCAGAUCCAAGCCCUCUCUCAGUCCCCAGACUUCCUUCCCCACCUCCGCCUUCUCGAGAUCUUCUCCCACGGCACCUACACCGCCUACCUGGCUUCAGGCCAGCAGCUGCCUCAGCUCAACGACGCCCAGACACUCAAGCUCCGCCAACUCUCCCUCCUGACCCUCGCCCGCGACCGAUCGAACCUGACCUACGCUGCCCUCCAGUCCGCCCUCGACCUCCCUUCGGCCCGCGCCCUCGAGGACCUCGUCAUCUCGGCCAUCUACGCCGGCCUGCUCGACGCCACCCUCGACCCCCACCGCCAGGCCGUCCAGGUCAACUCCCUCGCCGCCCUGCGAGACCUCGCCCCUGGUGCCGUCCCCCCCAUGAUCCGCGCCCUGCAUGCCUGGUCCUCUCGCUGCGAGUCCACCCUUGAGGACCUCGAAUCUCAGAUCGCCGGCAUCCGCGAAGCCGCCGUCCGUCGCCAGGACGACAAGGCCGAGCAGGACGCUCGCCUAGCCAAGAUGGUCGACGAAGUGCGGAAGGACCCCGAGGCCGGUGCGGGAAGGAAGCUCGCCGUCGGCCACGGCGGUGGCGGCGAACGCGGCACCAGCUUCCUGGGACACACGUCGAGGGCACAGCGGUACAACAAGCGAGGCAGCACAAGCAUGAUGGACAACACGGAGGAGCUGGAUGAUGAGGCCAUGGAUGUGGACGAGGAGGAUCCCGAACAGGAGAAGAAGCGCGCCAGCCGGCGGAAGCUCUAG